AUGCCCUCCCCCCAACUCACCGGCGACCCCAACCGGCACCCACCCUCGACCUUUUCCUCGGGCCUCUCGGGCCACUGCCUCUGCGGCAGCGUGCACGUCACCAUCCGCGACGCGGAGCUCUUCACCCGGCGCCGCGGCCACCUCUGCCACUGCGCCAACUGCCGCAAGGUGGCGGGCAGCUACGUCGCGGCGAACCUGCUGAUCGAGGAGGACAGGGUGGCGGUCGAGGACCGCGACGGCACGCUCAAGGAGUUUGUGGACGCGGAGACGGGGAGCGGCGAGCCGUUGGGGAGGUGGUUUUGUGGAAGGUGCGGGUGGUGA